GAGUUUGCUGAAUUUGCUCAUUGUGGAGAAGAAGAGCUUGGUCCUAGAAGAGUCCUGCUUUCAGGACGUCACCAACAAGUUUUCCCGCGUUGGACACGUCAUCAACGUGAGACGAUAACUUAUUCUGUCAGUGGAUCGCGGCGCAUGAUGGAAACUUCUCAACAAAGCCGAAAAAGUGUGCGGACACGGGCAAAAAAGAAUGCCACAUUGGAGGAGGACACAAGGAAGGAGAUGCCUGUCUGUUCCACCAGCGUUUCAUCCAUGGCCCCCACUGCACAGCUUGCCGUUGAGAGGCGAACCUCUGAGCUUGACGUGUGCAGGAUGAGGAUUGAGUGGCAACAAGAAAAAAUCAACGAACUGACCAAAGAGAGGGACUAUUUGAAAGAACAGCUGGCAUCAUCUCUCAGAAAAGAUUAUCCAGGUUCCACCCAGCCAGGUCGUGUGUCAGAUACACUGAGUGAUAGCUCGGUGGAAUCUCCCACAGAUUCCACGUCUGACUCAUCCCAAAGGUCCUCAUCAGACAGUGACGAAAAGAAGAAGAGGAGGAAUAAGAAGGGCAUUGAGAAAAAGUACAGGAGGAAGUCAAAAGGGAAAAAGGAACCGAAGGCCUUCCAGAGAGCCCAAACACCGGACCAGGUGGUGGCCCGGUACAAAAAGAUCCUGAAGCAGUUCAGUCGAGGAGGAACCAUGUCGAACGCUUUUAAGCGUGUUGGUGUGGACAGAAACACAGUGGUCACCAAUGCUCCAAUUGCAGAGCUGUACAUUGCUGCACCUGGCAGGUACAAGGAACUCAUGAAAGACUUCAACAUUCAAGUCAAACUCAGUGUGUUUGCCAGACAGUGUGCAGCUGCAAUUGAGGAGGAUCCAGCAAUAUGUCAAACAGUUAAAGCGUAUAAGGCUUCCACAAAGCUGCUGCCCCUUCGCAAAAAAAAUUAGUGAGCUUUGUUGCUGGGGUAGGUUGGGGUAGGAUUUUCCAUGUUAUUAUUGUUCAGUUUUGCAGCUGCAUUUAAUCUUGUUUACAAAUGUUUUUGUACAGCCAGCUUUUAAAUGUUACUGUGUCUUUUUUAUAUAACUG